AUGCAGCCCACCAAGAUCACCGUUGAUGAUGCUAGACCCCCCGGCCACAGGAGCACCAGAGCUUCAUUCAUCCGCAAAACCAUAAGCCUCCUCCCAUUUGUUCUCUUAGCAGCAAUCUUUGUUACGUUUACAUGGCCUUCCAGCAAACAAUAUGUCUGGGGCCCUUUGGGUUCCGAAGAAACCCAGGCAGAUCUGCCGGCGGCGGAAGGCGAUGAGUAUCUGCUGGGCGUGGGCAAAGGCGACAUUACGGGCCCCUGUGUGGAAAUCAACUUGAUGGGAUACGCAGAUCCAAAACAGAUUGGCACUGGACUUCGGCAGCGCCUCUACUCGCGGGCCUUCAUCAUUGGUGACCCCGAGCGCCCCUCGGACAGGUUUGUUUAUCUAGUCCUUGACACCCAGUCUGGGGAUACUGCCGUGCGGUAUGGCAUUCUCAAAGGGCUGAAGGAACUCGGUCCCGAAUAUGCUUACUAUGGCCAUCACAACCUGGCUGUAACGGGGACUCACUCGCACUCCGGGCCUGGCGCCUGGCUCAACUACCUACUUCCCCAGAUUACGAGUAAGGGAUUCAACCAGCAGAGCUACAGAGCCAUCGUAGACGGUGCUGUGCUGUCAAUACAGCAAGCUCAUGAGAAGAUGGUGCUGGGUCAUCUGAGUGUUGGCACGACCAAAGUCUUUGGUGCCAACAUCAACCGGAGCUUGUACGCUUAUCUCGCAAAUCCGGAAGCCGAACGCGCGAGAUACAACACGACCACGGAGGAUGAUGGGUCCGUAGAGAAGGACUUGACUUUGCUCAAGUUCCAGCGUGCUUCGGACAAGAAGAACAUUGGCGUACUGACUUGGUUCCCAACACACGGCACUUCGGUUCUAGGCAACAAUACCUUGAUCUCAGGGGACAACAAAGGGGUAGCUGCCAAGCUGUUUGAGGACAGCGUUGUGGGUGACAAAUCUGCGGCCGAAGGAUUUGUAGCCGGUUUUUCGCAGGCUAGUGUUGGAGACACUAGCCCCAACGUGCUCGGGGCUUGGUGUGAAGAUGGCUCGGGGCAGAUGUGCAACUUCGAAAACAGCACUUGCAGUGAUGGAAAGGUCCAGCAUUGUCAUGCUCGAGGACCCCUUUUCACGGCAGAUGACACGGGGACUUCAUCCUGCUACGAAAUCGGAAAGCGACAAUUCGAACCUGCUAGGAAGUUGUACGAUGGGCUGGAUUUGUCUCCUGCUCCUGUCCAGGGCCGUUGGGUCAAAUCAUUCCACAACUUCCACAACAUGUCGAGCUACCAGUUCGUACUGCCAAACGGUACACAAGUGAGGACAUGUCCCGCUGCCCUGGGGUAUUCUUUCGCGGCUGGAACCUCGGACGGGCCCGGCGUCUUCGAUUUCACUCAACAUGAUGGUGGUCCUGGGACCACAUCUCCUGUUUGGCAAGUUGUCUCCGGACUUCUCAAAGCGCCUUCGGAGGAACAGAAAGCCUGCCAUUCACCCAAGCCGAUUCUGCUUGACGUGGGGGAAAUGACGAGUCCGUAUAUGUGGACUCCGAAUGUUGUGGACAUGCAAGUCUUCCGCGUCGGUCAGUUUGUUAUCAUUGUGAGCCCGGGUGAGGCGACCACCAUGGCUGGACGCCGUUGGAAGAAUGCUGUCGCUGGCGAGAUAAACGCUCUAUUGUCGAAGAACGACGAGCUGUCGCCGGUGGUUGUCCUUGGAGGACCAGCGAAUAGCUAUACGCAUUACAUUACUACUGAGGAAGAAUAUGGCAUCCAACGAUACGAAGGCGCUAGCACAUUGUACGGGCCACACACCCUGGCAGCCUACAUCAACGUGACUCUAUCCCUAAUCCCGUAUUUAAGCGCAUCAUCAAACAAACAACCUCCCAUGGGCCCUCAACCACCAGAUAACAGCAAUCGGAGCCUAAGCUUCGUUCCAGGCGUAGUACACGACAAGCCCCCAAUAUUCAAAGCCUUCGGCGACGUCAUCACCGACGUACGGGAAACCUACCGCCGCGGCACCUCCGCCACCGUCGUCUUUGUCGGCGCGAAUCCCCGAAACAGUUUAAGACUAGAGCGCAGCUACGCCAUGGUAGAAAAGUUGAUAGAAACGCCUGCAGAUUUACUACUCCGACACAAGACUACUCGGGUCACAGCAGAUGGCGCAGAUAAGCGACAGUGGAUCGUUGUGCGCGAUGACAGCGAUUGGCACCUCGUGUUCCGUUGGCGUCGGACAAGCGAGUUGCUCGCUACGAGUGAGGUCGAGAUUACGUGGGAGACGGAGGAGUGGACAGAGCCGGGAAUAUACCGGCUUAAAUACUAUGGGAAUGCGAAGAGCUUGAGUGGAGAGAUUACUGAGUUUGAGGGUAUCAGUCGGGAUUUUACGCUCAUUUGA